AUGGACUUAAACUGGGUGCUUACUGUCUUUCUCUGACAUACAUGUCGUCCUUGUACCAUUUUUUUAACUCUAAUGUGUCUAAAUGGAAUCAACACAGCUCUAGUACCUGUUCUCCUUUUCCUUCUACCUUUAUCUCCUGUCCUAAGGAUGCCUGUAAACAGUCAAAUAGGUAGCCCAGGGUGCUUCUGAGCAACUUGGUUAAACAUCAAUUCUUGUGAGCAUGCCGGGCUCCUGCCUGCAGCUCUGUGCUGCUCCUGGCUGUAUGUCUUUGGAGUGAAUGGACAGGCUGGACUCUGCCCUGAAUUCAUGGAGAGAGCGCUGGUACCGCCAGCACCCUCUUUGUCACACUGCACCAGGGCUCUAUGAGCACAGGCAAGCCAGUUAGUUUAAAGCCGGACUGUUUACUUUUAUCACUCCUUACGCAUGCUGUGCUCUUGCCAGUCAUCUGCUGGAGUGCUUGGAAUAAUUUGAAACAACAGGCAACAUUUAUUUCUAGCUUUGUGUGUCACGCUUCGCGGGAGCACUCUUAAUUUGCACAUUAUUAUUUACCCAAACUUCUGCGAGGCUUUCCCUAUGGGCUGGGCUGGUUGUGCAUUAGGACAGAUUUAACAUACACUCUUGAUUGGCUGAAACCUGUGAGGGAAGCCACGGUGUUUGCCUUUGCUGUAAUGCCGAGGGGUAUAUUUAGUAGGUAGCCGACCCCGUCAGCGUGACACGUAAUGCGGCGUGGCUGUGCAGCCGGGAGCUGACAGGGAGGAUGCUGCAGGACCCCAGACCGCCAGCUGAAGGAGAGAGGGAGGCUCUCCUCCGUUCCCGGCAGAUCAUUUCCCUGUGUGUCACCGCCAGAGGCACGAGUAUAGCUGUUCUCUUUCUUUGGGACAAAAGAAGAGUUUCACUGUUAUGAGCCCAGUGACAAAGUGUCAGUGUAGUGGCACUGCGAGGCUCGGGAACGGACACUGCCCCGGGGGAUCCUGGCUGAGGAAAAGAGCCCCGUCUCCCUGCUGGGAUUCAGCGAGAAGUUCCUCGACAAUGGGAAAUCAUGUACUCGCGGCUUCGAUUUCCAUGCUCUCGCUCCUGGCGAUGAUGGGAGACACGGACAGUAAAACAGACAGUUCCUUCAUGAUCGACUCCGACCCCAGCCGCUGUAUGAGGCACCACUACGUCGACUCCAUCACCCACCCCCUCUACAAGUGUAGCUCCAAGAUGGUGCUGCUGGCUCGCUGCGAGGGGCGCUGCAGCCAGACAUCGCGCUCGGAGCCGCUGGUCUCUUUUAGUGCGGUGCUGAAGCAACCCUUCCGCUCCACCUGCCACUGCUGCCGCCCCCAGACCUCCAAGCUGAAGGCCAUGAGGCUGCGGUGCUCGGGGGGCAUGCGGCUCACGGCCACCUACCGCUACAUCCUCUCCUGCCACUGCGAGGAGUGCAACUCCUAGGGGCGGGGUGCCACAGCAGGGAGGGGACUGGCGUGCUGCCGAUGGGAAAGGCUCCCAAGAAAUAAUCCAGAGUCAAGCCGAUGCUCCCAGCACACGAUUGCAGCAAGGACAGGACUAACCAGGCUGGAAUGAAUCUGAGAGCUGAAGUGUAAAAUACCCUGGGGUGCUGGAUGGUGGAUGCUGGUACCACGGUGUACAAAGGAGAAAGGGCAAGGACUUGUUUUUGAGAAGCCUUUCUUUUUUUCUGAAAGGAUAUUUUUGAGAAAUUCUUCUUUUUCAGGCUCAGAUCUGACUACAGAGCUUUUACUGCUGGCUAUGGGCAGCAGGGGAACAGAGAGGGAGGUCAGCUGGAUGACAGCACUGAGCUCUGGAAGCUGAUAUGUUCAGACAGAGGAUGGGCAUCAGUUCCCACAUACAACCUCUUAACCUAUCAAUUUAUUCUCAGUUUCCUACUUAUACUGGCCUUCAAAACAAACUGUGCUGUUGGCAAGGGUCAUGUGUUACUGAUCUAGCAGCCAAGUGCUGGAUGACUUUAACUGUGGUUUAGCAGAAAUUAUAAAUAAACCAUUGAAAAGUGAA